CGGCGGAAGUGGGCGGAGAUCCCAUCUGCUCUGACUGACAGCCACUUUCAGGAAGUGCUCGAGGAGGAGCCUGUGACCCUCAUCAGCAUCAGUGGACGCAUGACCAGCACGCGUUCAGUCGCUGAAAUCAGUUUCUGGCAGAGGUGUGUGGCCACUGAGCAGGAAGAGACUAGUGAAAGUCACACAGGAAGAGAGAAAAGAGAGUGAGACGCAGGAAGUGCUGCAGGAGGAACAUGACAGAGUUUUGGAUUUGUUUCAGCUGCUGCGUCGCCGAGCAGCCCCAACCUAAGCGGAGGCGGAGAAUAGAUCGUUCUAUGAUCGGAGAACCCACAAACUUUAUUCACAUGACUCAUGUGGGUUCUGGAGAUAUGGGUUUGGGGCUGGGUGCUGUGGACUCCGUUCAAUCGCAGAUGAAAUCUAAAGGCGGCUAUGGGAACGGCACACCAGAGAGCGUUCAAGGAUAGAGAGCUCGUGUAAACCUGUCUGAACCACAGACAAAUGCAGAUCACAUACACUGGAGCGAAGUGCUCGCAAUGCUGUCGUCUGGACUGUUGUAGAUAUUUUUGUAAUGAAAUUAUUGCUAUUCUUUUACUGCUUUGUUAAUUGUUCUGUACAAAAAGACCUUUAACAGUGGAGAUUUAUCCAAAUGGCUGUCAAUAUGUGAUUGUUUAUGUGAGGGAUCAAUUCGGAUCAGAUUUUUCCAAUGGAUCUGUAUUUAUUUCAUGGUUUAAUGGUGGCUGGGCCACAUGACACAAUUACACAAAUUCACACAGACGCCUCAUGAUUUAUUAAAUCUGUAAUAACUGCUGUUUCUUAUGUUUUGUGCCUUUCAAAUAUUCCCUGGAUAAUGGAAUAUUCUUUGUUUUAUCUUUUAAAUGUGCUAUUUUGCAGGAAACUUGAAUUGUGCAUCUCACUGUAAUAUUUGUGCAAUGCUCGUAUGUGAUGCAUUGUCAGGAAAGUAUUUUUGUACAAAUUUUGUUUAUUCUGAUGCCUGAAUAAAAGAACAGCCUCGGAAGAUUUUGUGCCUGUGUCGUAUUGCAUGCAUCUGUCAGAUGAAGAUGUUAGAUGCGUGUUUCUGAUGCUCAUUUAGGCGUUCACACUUCAUCUAAUGAAUCACACAUGGAUUUACCAUUACCUAAUUAUGCUUUCAAUAUCUUCUGUGACUCAGAUGAUCUUAAAAUAAACUAUGUUCUGGUUUUGAAGGUACAGUUCUGGGAUAAUC